AUGACUCGUCUUGCAUUUCUUCUGCUCGCCCUCGUCGGUGUCAUCGCCGCUCAAGCUUCCAAUCAGACGGAGGACCCACUGAAGACGGAAACCGCCGAGGGUCACCGAAAUCGCCAUCAUCAUGAUCGAUCACACAGCAGUGAGCACCAUCGACACCGCCAUCACCACGAAUACGGCUAUGGACCUGGCUACUAUCAGCCACAAAUUCACGAUCCUAAGAUGUUAAGAUGUUUUAAGUUUGAAAUCGAUCCAAUUUCAAGGCUAUGUGUGUGCGACUUGGACGCCUCCGUGUUGCUUGUGUUGAGCCGAUCGCGCGGUGGACUCCACAAGGCGCAUCGAGUCAGAUGCUCUGACGUGGCCGCGGCCGACGAGGAUUCGUGCACGGUGUGCUGCCAGAAUGCGGCUCGACGAGACACCACACUCAAGAAUGAGGACAUCCAGGGAAUCGUCACCGACACCGAUGGCUAUGAGCACAAACACCACCAUGAAGAGGACAAACCAAAUGGACGCUACAAGCGAAGCGGUGGAUCGGGCAGUGGAGAGCAUCAUCACCGCCUCCGUGACUCGUUCCCCAAUGGAGACACUUUCCCAUGGAAGUACAGCGCGCCAAACGCUCCGACCCAGAUCGGCAACAUCCAGAUCCCAAUUCCGCAAUACUCUCAGCCACAGUACUCUCAGCCACAGUACUCUCCACCACAAUACUCGCCACCACAGUACAGCCCACCCCAGUACGCACCACCACAAUAUCAGCCACCAGCUCAGGCUCCACCAGCUCCCGUCUACCAACAGCCCACCUAUGUGCAGCCGGUUGCCCAAUCGCCACCCGUCUAUCAGCCACAAUAUCAACAGCCCACCUACGACCAAUCCACCUACAAUCAACAGGCUGCUGCCCCUCCAUCGCCUCCUGUUGUCCCAGCGGCUGCCGCCCCCGUCUCUUCGUAC